AGAGCUUCUUCACGUGUUUCUUUCUUUGUAAGUGACUCAGCUCAGUGAAUGAAUGAAUGAGGGUUGGUUAGUUUAAUUAAUUAACCAAAUUAAUUAUUACUUCCUCCUGAAUUAAUUAUUGCAUACUAUUAAAGUACUAAUAUUAUUAUUAUUAUUAUAUAUCAUAUGAUCAUCAUAUCAUUUCAUUUUCAUCACAUACACACACAAACACAAACACAUACGGUGCUGUGAGUGAGUCUCAUGCUUUCGGAUUUUGAGCACUACUACUGCAAGUGCUAAGAUUUUACUGGAAAAUGUCUUCCACUCCAAUAGAAUGGUCUCAUCACAAUGGAAAUGGAAAUCUUAAAAAUCCAGACUUGCUACGUAAUGUGGCAGAAAUUGAGGAAUUUGAUUUCUCUAAAGUAUUAGAUAAGCCAAGGACUUUGAACAUAGAGAGACAAAGAUCGUGUGAUGAGCUAUCAAUAGCCCUUUCUCCGCGUCAAUCCUUCAUAAAAGCUGACAACUUUUCUCGCCAUGGAGAACAUCUUGAUAAUGCAUUUUCUCCUAUGCAUAAAUCAGGCCUUAAUACUCCAAAAUCACUGAUAUUGGACCCUCAUUCAAUAUUGCCUGAAGCUUGGGAAGCUCUGAGGCGUUCCUUGGUAUACUUUCGUGGUGAAGCAGUUGGGACAAUAGCUGCCUUGGACAAUUCUGAAGAGAACCUGAAUUAUGAUCAGGUUUUUGUAAGAGACUUUGUCCCAAGUGCUCUGGCUUUUCUGAUGCACGGGGAACCAGACAUUGUUAAGAAUUUUCUCUUAAAGACUCUUCGUCUUCAAUCAUGGGAGAAAAAGAUUGAUAGGUUUCAUCUGGCAGAAGGGGUGAUGCCUGCUAGUUUUAAGGUAUUCCAUGAUCCGGUCAGAAACCGUGAAACCCUGAUAGCAGAUUUUGGUGAAAGUGCAAUAGGAAGGGUUGCUCCUGUUGAUUCUGGAUUUUGGUGGAUUAUAUUACUUCGUGCAUACACAAAAUCUACGGGAGACUCUUCUUUGGCUGAUCGGCCUGAAUGUCAAAAGGGUAUGCGUUUGAUUCUGAGCUUAUGCUUGUCAGAGGGGUUUGAUACAUUUCCAACAUUACUAUGUGCUGACGGGUGCUGUAUGAUUGAUCGUAGGAUGGGUGUUUAUGGCUACCCAAUUGAAAUUCAAGCAUUAUUCUUCAUGGCUUUAAGAUGUGCCAUGCAAUUGCUAAAGCCAGAUGCUGAAGGAAAAGAGUUUAUGGAACGAAUUGUGAAACGCCUGCAUGCCUUGAGUUAUCAUAUGAGAAGCCACUUUUGGUUGGAUUUGAAGCAACUAAAUGAUAUAUAUCGCUUCAAAACAGAAGAGUACUCACAUACUGCAGUGAACAAGUUUAAUGUGAUUCCCGAUUCUUUACCAGAUUGGAUUUUUGAUUUCAUGCCCCAUCAUGGUGGAUACUUUAUUGGGAAUGUGAGUCCAGCUAGGAUGGAUUUUCGUUGGUUUUGCCUUGGUAAUUGCAUAGCAAUUUUGUCCUGCUUGGCAACUCCUGAGCAGUCAGUUGCAAUCAUGGAUCUCAUAGAAUCACGGUGGGAGGAAUUAGUUGGGGAGAUGCCUGUCAAAGUUUGUUAUCCAGCCCUUGAAAACCAUGAAUGGAGGAUCAUAACAGGAUGUGACCCAAAAAAUACUAGAUGGAGUUAUCACAACGGGGGAUCUUGGCCAGUUAUGUUAUGGUUUUUGUCUGCGGCGGCCAUCAAGACUGGGCGACCCCAAAUUGCAAAACGUGCCCUUCAAAUUGCUGAGUCCAGAUUGCUAAAAGACAACUGGCCUGAAUAUUACGAUGGAACACUUGGUCGAUACAUUGGGAAGCAGGCUCGAAAAUGCCAAACCUGGUCUAUUGCUGGUUACUUGGUGGCCAGGAUGAUGCUUGAUGAUCCUUCACAUUUAGGUAUUAUAGCACUUGAAGAAGACAGACAGCUAAAGGAACCUUUGCUCAAGAGAUCAAAUUCAUGGACUUUGUGAUUUAUUUUUAUUUUUUUAUCUUUCCUCAUCAAUUUUGACCUGCAACGAUUGAAAAGGAAGAACUGAGUGGAAGAAGAAGGUGGGGGCAAACACUGUAAUGAAGCAUUCUGUGUUUUAUUCCAUGUGUCAAGUGUAAAGUGUUUGCGCAUUCCUUCCAUGGAAUGCUCAUAUGUGUAGCAUCUGCAGAGUUUUUAAGGAUUCUCGAUGGCAAAAGUUGUUUUAUGCUAAAGGUGAGGUCAUGGCUCUUUCUCUGGAACAGCGUACAGUUCUUGGUGCUGCUGACAAUAGAUUGUGUUUUCUUGAUCUGGCAUUACCACAUCACAGAAUGUGGUGAAAUGAAAUUAGAGUAUAAUCAUUCA